CUGUCAUAACGGCAUAAAGGCUGCUGUUGUUGUUGUAGAUGCCGAAAAUAUUACUUUAAUAAUUUUGAGGAAUGCUACCGAGCCGACAGUUCAUGAUCGAAUAAAAAUUCGUGUCAGUCUCGUUUACUGUGUACCCAACGGUCGGGAAUAACAGGUUUCUGUGAUGCACACGAGCACGAAUUUUUAAAACUGCACCCUUAUACUUAUAUAAUAUAUACUAUACUUAUAUAAGUUCCGCUGUUGUGCUAAAAUAACUAAUAGAACUGUAAUGACGAGCUCAAAUAACGUUUUAUUUACGAAAAAUUGAAAAUUAACCAUUACAAUACAAAUAAAGAAAAAAUGUGAAACUACAACUUUGUUUUACGAAUUUGGUGUUGACAUAAAGAAAAAAAUUAAAAUCCUAAUUUACAAUAUACAGAAAUUUUCUAAAAUAUGUUACAACUAACAAAGCGUGUACCCAUUAAAGCUGAAGCUGCUCCAUCACUGUAUUUCACACGUUACAAAUCAUGGUUCGCAGAUGUGAAGAUGGCACCACCCGACGCAAUACUCGGCAUCACGGAGGCAUUUUUAAAGGAUAAAAACCCCAAAAAAGUUAAUUUAGGCGUAGGUGCAUAUCGUGACGACAACAGCAAACCAUGGGUGUUGCCCAGUGUUAAAGAGGCACAAAAACGCGUAAUAGCCAAAAAUAUGAAUAAGGAAUAUGCACCUAUUUCCGGUUUGGCGGAUUUUUAUAAUAAAUCAAUAGCGCUGGCGCUGGGCGAAGAUUCGGAAAUACUGAAAAAUAAUUGCAAUGCAACAGUGCAGAGUUUAAGUGGCACCGGCGCCUUACGUAUAGGUGCCGCAUUUUUGGGUCUCUUUUGGAAGGGUGAACGCGUAGUAUAUUUGCCCACGCCCACAUGGCCGAAUCAUCGUCCAAUUUUCAUGCAUUCCGGCCUGAAGGUAGCCAACUAUAGCUACUAUGAUCCAAAUACGCGUGCGCUGAAUGAGCAGGCGCUACUUGAGUCGUUAUGUAAAAUACCUGAAAAGUCGAUUGUGCUUUUACAUGCGUGUGCGCACAAUCCCACCGGUGUGGAUCCAAAUGCGAAGCAAUGGUGCGAAAUAUCACAAAUAAUGAAAUCACGUAAUUUAUAUCCUUUCUUCGAUAUGGCAUAUCUCGGUUUUGCCAGCGGUGAUAUUGAUAAUGAUGCGGCAGCUGUACGCAUUUUCAGCGCCGAAGGACAUACAUUUUGUUUAGCACAAAGUUAUGCCAAAAAUAUGGGUCUUUAUGGUGAACGCGUCGGUACAUUUACAUUAGUUUGCAGUUCCAAAGAUGAGGCCGAACGUGUGACAUCCAAUUUGAAAACCAUUAUACGACCCAUGUAUUCGAAUCCACCAGUACAUGGUGCGCGCAUUGCAAUGGAGAUUUUCAAGGAUGAUGAACUUUACUGUAUAUGGUUGGAUGAUUUGAAGACAAUGGCUAAUCGUACCAUAAGUAUGCGUAAGGCAUUGAAGGAGAAAUUAAUUUCACUCGGUUCUAAGCACUCCUGGGAGCAUAUCACCAAUCAAAUCGGCAUGUUCUGCUAUACUGGUCUCAAGCCGGAGCAAGUGGCACGUCUUAUUAAGGAAUACAGUAUUUACUUGACAAAGGAUGGACGUAUUGCGGUAGUCGGUCUAACAACGAAGAAUGUCGCUUAUGUCGCCGAAUCUAUUUAUGCCGUAACCAAAUAGCAUUUUCAUUGCUUUCAUUUGAUUGCUAAGGAUUAAUGUAAAAUCAGCUAAUAUACCCAAAUGAUCUGUAAUAUAUUCAAAAAGCAUUGCCAAAUUGAGUUCAAAAACACUAACUCGGAUAUAGUAAUUACGGGUCGUUUGGUUCGACGACUAUUAGAGCUGUUGUAUAGUAGCUGUUUUGUUUAACCGUUACAAUAUUAACUUAAUUCGGAAUAUAACACGCUCUCGUAAAUUUAUUACAAUAUUUUACAUACACAUAUGCAUAGGUUAUAUUCUAAUAAAAAACUAAAAACA